CUCACCCUCUUUGUUAACGGUACUAGAGGCCAUGAAUGAAACGCGACUUCAUUCUCUCUCGACCCUCUCUCACCGCUCUCUUUGGCGGUCUCUUCCUGUCCCUGCGCAGCAGCACCAGCAGUUAACGGUGCAUGUUGAAAAGUUCCCACACAAACGUCGUGAAAAUCGAAAUCGAUAAUUGCUAGAGGUAAUGUAACACCAUUAAGUCGGAGCUAAAAUAGAAAAAAAGCCAAUUGUAGAGUGACCCGAUUGUCGUAGAAAAAACCCCAUGAUGCAGCCGCCGCCGCGUAAGGGAAACUAUGUGAAAUUCCUCAAGAAUUUGCACACGGAGCAGGUGGCCAAGCUGCAGCUGAAGAACCAGCAUGAGUGCGAUCUCCUGGAGGACAUCCGGCAGUUCACCAUCAAGCGUUCCGCUGUCGAGAAGUCGUACAGUGAGUCGCUGCUCAAGAUCUCAUCGCAGUAUCUCAACAAGAAGAUACCCAAUAUACCAGAUAUUAAGAUGGAGGGCAUGGAGGAGCGCUGGAACAUGUGGAGCGUUUGGCGCACUGUGCUCGAGGAGAAUGAGAAACUGGCUCGUGCCCGAUUGGCCGCUAUAGAGGUGUUUCAACAGCAAAUCGCGGAUGAGGCCAAGGUUCUUCGGGACUAUAAGUUGGCCAUAGCUAAGCGCUCGCUAUCCGGAAUUGUCAAUGUGCAGAAGGAGCUUCAUCUGAGCGUGGGCGAUGUGGACAAGACCAAGAAAUCAUACUUUGAUGAAGAGCAUUGUGCUCACGAUGUCCGGGACAAGGCUCGCGAUAUCGAGGAGAAGCUUAAGAAGAAGAAGGGCUCCUUCUUUCAAUCAAUCACUUCGCUGCAGAAGAACAGCGCCCGGGUCACAUCUCGCAAGGAGCUGCUGGAGGAGAAGUCCUCUGGCGCCCGGAAUGACUACGUACUCAGCUUGGCGGCGGCCAACGCCCAUCAGAAUCGCUACUUCACCGUCGAUCUGCAGACCACGAUGACCACCAUGGAGAACUAUGUCUUCGAGCGGGUUGCCGAGUACCUGAUGUUAAUGGGACGCACAGAGCUGUUGACUUGCUCGGCUACGCAGAAUAGCUUCGGCAAGAUCCGUGACCAGGCGCAGCAGUUGACCCGGGAGUACAACCUGCAGUGCUGCUACCUGUUCUAUCCGGUGCUGAAGCAGCACAUCCAAUACGACUUCGAGGCGUGCGACAAUGAUCCGGUGCGCAAGGUGACCGCGGAGCACGAGUCCGCCGCAGAGACGCUAACCAAGGAGGCCAAGAAUCUGGCCGGAAGAGUGGUCAAGGAGAAUGCCUCGAUCAGGGAGAAUGCCAAGAAGUUGGCCCUGUGCCAGUCGCUGCGAGACUCUGGCCAGCGCACGGAUCCCAACGAUCCGAAUGGGCCGGAUCUGGACACCAAGAUCGAGGAGUUCCGUGAUCAAAUCCGUCGAUCCGAGACGGAGAAGACAAAGGCGGAGGCAUGUCUUCAGUGUCUGCGCGAUGGCGGCAUCAACGUGGACGAGUGGGUGCAGGAGGCCGAGAUCAUGGGUGUACAGGAGCUGACGCGUUCGGCCAGUUCCAUUUCGAUGCGCACUGACGCCUCUGGCCAGGGCGAGAAUCCCAGUUCCGAUUCAUUCUACGACAGCGACAAGGAGGAGACCCAGGCUCAGGCAGCUGCCCAAACGAAGCCCAAGCAGGAGCAACAGUUAUCCAGGGAUCGUACCUUCAGCGAUAGUGAGGAUGAGCCCGAAGUGCGUCCUUCGGCGGCGGCAGCUUCUUCUGCAGCUGCUGCCUCGUCAUCCAUGAUGGCUAGUAGCGCUGGUGGCUGGGAUGAUCCCACUGAGGUCAACUGGGGAGCUGCCGAGGAGGAGGAGGACAAGGACGAACCAAUUGUACCAGAGCCCAAGGAGGCGAUCUUCAAGUGCACUGCACUCUACAGCUACACGGCCCAGAAUCCUGACGAGCUCACCAUCGUAGAAAAUGAACAGCUCGAGGUGGUUGGCGAGGGCGAUGGCGAUGGGUGGUUGAGGGCCCGCAACUAUCGCGGCGAGGAGGGCUACGUGCCACACAAUUAUCUGGACAUCGACCAGGAGACAGCGGGCAGCGCCUUUAAUGGUACUUCAGGCAAUCAAUUGCGCUCUCAAAUCUCAUUCUCAUCUGUCGAUUAUACCGUUGACAAUGAAGAUCAGACAGUGGACUCGAUGCAAUCACCCGACCAGGUGUCGGUCAUCAUGGCGCCCCAGAAGCGAGUCAAAUCGGACGUGGAAUGGUGCAUCGCGCUGUACGACUACGACGCCACCGCCGAGGAUGAGCUGACCUUCGAGGAGGGCGACAAGAUCAAGAUCAUCACCAAGACCGCCCACGGCGUGGACGACGGAUGGUGGGAGGGCGAGCUGGAUGGCAAGUUCGGCAACUUUCCCUCGCUGGUCGUCGAGGAGUGCGACGAGAUGGGCGAGCCGCUCAGCGAGGGUGGCGACGAGUCACCUCCGCCCACCGCAGCGCCCACUUUCGCACUGCCCCCCGCUCCUGCCCUGCCACCAGAGUACGCCCACGAACUGGAACUGGAGCUCACUGAGGAUAUGUUUGGUUCUCAGGAUACAGCAGAUGAGGAUAGCGGCUAUAUACCCAACGGCGCUGCUGCCCCGAGUAUGCCUCCGCCAGGCCAGAACCAAAGCCAAACUACUGCCAAGAAGGUACUCAUCCAAGAGCCUGGCAUGGAGGACGAUCUAAGUGACGAUGGGCAGCCGCCGCCGUCCUUGCCGCCGCCCCAACUAGCGAAGGCGGGCGGAUCCGCUCCUGGAUCUGGGAGCAAGGUCGAAAAGGGGGCGGUGGCAGGUGGCGCCAACACGCUAAACUUAGGUAUGGCACAAAUAAUUGUUACCGCUGCAACCCCCAUGGUUGAAGACGGUGCCGAUAAAUCUUUCCCACCAGUAGGCGAGAGCGAUGCGCAGCCAGAGGAGCAGGUGCCCAAGGAGCAGCCGGCGGAAGUGGCCAAAAAACCAGAUAUUGCGCCCAAGCCGCUGGCCAAGGUGGCGCCACAGAGCGCGCCGGCCAAAGAAGGUAAUGCUGGAGUGAGGCCCGUGGUGAGCAUUACACUGACCGAGUAUCCAUCCUGUGACGCAGAGGACCAACAGUCCUUCUCGGAGGGCACCGAUUCGGCUUCGGUGGCCGAUGUGCCGGUACUACAGGAUGCGGAGGAUCCAUUCAACGAGAAGGCCAAGGGAGAGUUCGGCGACGGUUCGGGAUUUGAGGCCAAUUUCGAGGCCAACUUCGAUGCCAACUUUGAUGACGCCUUUGCUGGAUGCGGAGGAGGUGGGGGCGGUGGAGGUGGCGGUGGGGAGCAGUCCAACGACUUGGACAUCAACGGAGAGGCAGCAGGAGAAGCAGGAUCUGGAUCUGCGGCUGGCGAUGAGGAUAUUGAGGCACCCAAACAGGUGGUCGGUGGGCGAGCUAGCAUACCCGAGGAAUUGGACUCAAAUCAAUUGGCACACUACCAUGAGCAUGAAAUAUACUAUGUAGACUAUAGCCACGGACAGUUAUAGAGCGGAUCAGCGGAACACCACAGCCACAGCCACAACCACAACCAAACCCCACAACACUCGAUAGCAUUUUGAUCUCACACUCAUCCCACAACCUAUCCAACAAAUCCAAACACACAGAUGAUAUAGCCUGACUCAGACGGACUUAUCGCAGCUUAUCGAUCGGGUGGCGGAUAUAGAUCAUAGCAACCCCUAUCGAAUCGGUUAUACCUAUUAAUGCAACUAGGUUUGUUUCGGCCGCCCGAUUUAACAUACAACGACACAAUAGCAGGAUAUAGAAUAUAUGUAUGUACUUAAAUCUGGUCGGGAUCCCUCUCCCAACUUCACGUACAGCGCUCAAAUUGUGUACAUCCAUUUGAAUACUUCUUCUGACUGCCUCUGGGGUUAUAGUUAGACAUCAACUGGGCCUUCAUAAACAAAACCACCAUACGAUAUAUUAUAACUAUAUAAAUAUAUACAUAAUUAUGAUAGUUUGUAAUGUGUUAUACCCUCGGACACGUAUGGAAUACAUUGAUAUAUAUAAAUGGCAUAUUGUAACGUUUUGAAAGACAGCAAUUACUUAUGUAGCACUCACUCGGGUCUUCGAAUAUCAGCAUCCACAACUAAUCGAGCAAUAAUAUGUAUAUAUAUCUAAGUGAAUUAGAAAAUCCAGUUUAGCAGCAUUAAGUUAGCCAUUCGCUUGAACUUGCCGCCAACAAAAGCCAAUCAACUUCAAGGUCAAUUCAGUUGGACUUAUUUCCCGCUUCUGUUCGCUCCACUUAGACAUAGGAUCUCUGCACAUUAUAGUAAAUUAAUCGAAGCCGGUGACGAAUGUAUUCGAGUCGAUCGAGCGGAUCCGGCAGAUAUAUAUUGUUGUAAUUGUAUGCAAAACACUAGCCUAAUUAGUUAAAUGUUUUCCGUGUCUAGUAAAAUGGUCUAAGUUAAUGUUGGAUGCCAGAAUGAAGAUAUUUGAAAUUAGUAAAAAGCCUACUCAAUGCGAUACUUUGUUUGCGAUACUCGUCGAAUAGUAAAGUUCAUGACUCUCACCAAUUCGAUAACUUCAUAUUCACAUAACCGAUAUUACC